AUCGGCAAAUAACCUUAAAACGAAAUUCGAGGUUUGUUUGCUUGUGUUUAUAAUGAUGAUUAAAAUUAGUAUUAAAUAAAGUUCAGAAAGAGUACAUUUAAUUAAUCAAUCAUGGCGGAUGCUGCGGCUAGACAGCUUCAAUACGAGUAUAAAGCGAACUCAAAUUUAGUAUUACAAGCUGAUGUUCGCCUCAUUGAGAGGAGAAGCAGAGAUGAAGCAACUGGUGAAGUUAUGUCACUGGUUGGCAAACUCUCUGGCACUAAGAUGGGGGACAGGGCCCAGAGGACCAAACCUGGUAAAGCUGAGGAAAGAAAAGCAAAGAGACAAAAGAGAGAUGAAGCACAGUAUGAUUUUGCACGUAUGAAGGGUGCCACACUUCUGUCAGAAGGUGUUGAUGAAAUGGUAGGCAUAAUCUACAGACCAAAAACACAGGAAACCAGGCAAACCUAUGAUGUACUUCUAAGUUUUCUUCAAGAAGCUUUAGGUGAUCAACCUAGGGACAUUCUAUGUGGUGCGGCUGAUGAAGUUUUGUCUGUUUUGAAAAAUGACAGGCUUAAAGAAAAAGAAAAAAAGAAGGAGACUGAAACCUUGCUAGGACCCAUUGCUGAAGAAAGAUUUGCUCUUCUGGUGAAUUUAGGUAAAAAGAUUAAUGACUUUGGUAGUGAAGAGAAAAAUGUCACUGGUGAAGAGAACAUUGAUGAAACAUAUGGAAUCAAUGUUCAGUUUGAGGAAUCAGAGGAGGAGGAUGAUGAGGACAUGUAUGGUGAAGUUAGAGAAGAAAUGGAUAUUGAAGAAGGAGAGGAAGCUAAAGAAGAUGGAGCUAUUCAUUCAGAAAAUCUGGGUGGAGUGGAUGAGAUGAAAAAGGAGAAAAGUUUGCAUCCUUUAGACAUUGAUGCUUACUGGCUGCAAAGAAGGCUAUCCAAAAUUUAUGACGAUGCCAUGGUGUCACAAGCUAAAGCAACAGAAGUUUUAAAUGUACUAAGUGAUGCUAGUGAUGAUAGGGAAUGUGAAAAUCAACUGGUGUUGUUAUUGGGUUAUGAUUGCUUUGAAUUUAUCAAACAGCUUAAGAAAUACAGACAAAUGAUAUUAUACUGCACUCUAUUAGCAAAAUCCCAAAGUGAAACUGAAAAGCAAAAAAUCAAAGAUAAAAUGUCUGAUGAUCCAGCUUUAUCAAAAAUCUUGCGACUUUUGGACUCAGGCAAGGGCGAAGACGAUCUUGAAGAAGACGAAUCUGCUAUGGCUUCCUCAAGAAGAAAGAAUGAGAGUGAUGAAAUGGAUCCCAAUAAUUGCGCCCAAGUUUCGGGAAAUCGGCAGUUGGUUGACUUUGAAGAUCUCGUUUUCUCUCAAGGGUCACAUUUUAUGGCCAAUAAAAGAUGUCAGCUACCGGAUGGCUCGUUCAGGAAACAACGCAAAGGCUAUGAAGAAGUGCAUGUACCAGCUCUGAAACCAAAACCGUUUGGAGACAAUGAAAAACUACAACCCAUUGAUCAGUUACCAAAAUAUAUCCAACCAGUAUUUGAUGGAUUUAAAACAUUAAAUCGUAUUCAAAGUCGACUGUACAAAGCAGCUGUUGAGUCGGAUGAAAAUCUUUUACUGUGUGCGCCCACUGGUGCAGGUAAAACUAAUGUUGCACUUUUAUGCAUGAUGCACGAAAUUGGCAAACAUAUUAAUCCCGAUGGUACAAUUAAUGCGGACGAAUUCAAGAUAAUUUAUGUAGCUCCCAUGCGUUCUCUUGUACAAGAAAUGGUGGGUAACUUCGGAAAAAGAUUGGCCACUUACAACAUAACAGUCUCUGAAUUGACUGGAGAUCACCAGUUGACCAGGGAUCAAAUUGCAGAGACGCAGAUAAUAGUAUGUACGCCUGAAAAAUGGGAUAUCAUUACCAGAAAAGGUGGCGAGAAAACUUUUACUUCACUUGUGAGGCUGGUGAUUAUCGACGAAAUUCACUUGCUUCACGACGAAAGAGGUCCGGUACUAGAAUCACUGGUUGCAAGAACCAUCAGAAUGAUAGAGUCUACACAAGAAGAUGUUAGAUUAGUUGGUUUAUCUGCUACAUUACCCAACUACCACGAUGUUGCCGCCUUUCUCAGAGUAAAACCAGAGACAGGACUGUUUUAUUUUGACAACAGCUUCAGACCUGUAUCUUUAGAGCAACAAUACAUUGGUGUUACUGAGAAAAAAGCUUUAAAGAGAUAUCAAGUAAUGAACGAAAUUGUGUAUGAAAAAACUAUGGAACAUGCUGGCAGAAAUCAAGUCCUAAUUUUCGUGCAUUCAAGAAAAGAAACUGGGAAAACGGCUCGAUCAAUCAGAGAUAUGUGUCUAGAGAAGGAUACCUUAGGUCAAUUUUUAAGAGAAGGUUCAGCUUCUAUGGAAGUGCUAAGGACUGAAGCCGAGCAGGUCAAGAAUCAUGAACUUAAAGAUUUAUUACCUUAUGGUUUUGCCAUCCAUCAUGCUGGUAUGUCCCGUGUAGAUAGGACGUUGGUGGAGGAUUUGUUUGCUGACAGACACAUCCAAGUAUUAGUGUCCACAGCCACACUUGCUUGGGGUGUCAACUUACCCGCUCAUACUGUCAUCAUAAAGGGAACACAGAUUUACAAUCCGGAAAAGGGACGUUGGGUGGAAUUGGGGGCACUGGAUGUUUUACAAAUGUUGGGUAGAGCGGGUCGUCCACAGUACGACACCAAAGGCGAAGGUAUACUUAUCACCAAUCACAGUGAGCUACAAUAUUAUUUGUCACUUUUGAAUCAGCAACUUCCUAUUGAGUCCCAAUUAAUUUCAAAACUUCCUGACAUGCUUAACGCUGAAAUCGUGCUGGGAACUGUUCAAAACGUAAGAGACGCUGUCACAUGGCUGGGCUAUACUUACCUCUACAUCAGAAUGAUGCGGCAACCUACUCUCUAUGGCAUUUCCCACGAUCAGCACAAACAUGAUCCUUUGUUGGAACAGCAUAGAGCCGACUUGAUACAUACUGCUUCAGUGCAUCUGGAUAGAAGCGGCCUUGUAAAAUACGAUAGAAAAACAGGCCAGUUUCAAGUUACAGAAUUGGGAAGAAUUGCUUCUCAUUAUUAUUGCACAUAUGACACAAUGAGCACAUACAAUCAGCUACUCAAACCAAUGCUGAGUGAAAUUGAACUGUUUAGAGUGUUUUCACUAUCAUCAGAAUUUAAGAACAUAUCUGUAAGAGAGGAAGAAAAACUGGAGUUGCAGAAGCUUAUGGAGCGAGUUCCAAUUCCCAUAAAAGAGAGCAUGGAGGAACCUAGUGCAAAAGUAAAUGUUUUACUUCAAUCUUAUAUUUCUCAAUUGAAACUGGAAGGUUUUGCUUUAAUGUCUGACAUGGUUUAUGUUACCCAAUCAGCUUCCAGACUGAUGAGAGCAAUUUUCGAAAUUGUUUUGCACAAAGGGUGGGCCCAAUUGGCUGACAAGACUUUGGCAUUGUGCAAAAUGAUUGAUAAACGCAUGUGGCAAUCAAUGUCACCGUUGAGGCAGUUUAGAAAAAUGCCCGAGGAAAUUAUUAAGAAGAUCGAAAAGAAGAAUUUCCCGUGGGAAAGGUUGUAUGAUUUAGGACCCAACGAAAUAGGUGAAUUGAUUCGUGUACCAAAAUUGGGAAAAACCAUACACAAAUAUGUGCAUCAAUUUCCAAAGUUGGAACUCUCUACGCAUAUUCAACCGAUUACCAGAUCAAUGAUGAAAGUUGAAUUGACAAUAACUCCUGAUUUUCAAUGGGACGAUAAGCUGCACGGCGCAUCCGAAGCGUUUUGGAUUUUAGUAGAAGACGUCGAUUCCGAAGUCAUUCUUCAUCAUGAAUUCUUUCUAUUAAAGGCGAAAUAUUGUCAGGACGAACAUUUGAUAAAAUUCUUCGUACCAAUAUUUGAACCAUUACCACCACAAUACUUCUUGAGGAUCAUAUCUGACAGGUGGAUUGGAGCCGAGACACAACUUCCCGUAUCAUUCAGGCAUCUUAUUUUACCUGAGAAAAACUUUCCUCCUACAGAGCUACUUGAUCUGCAACCUCUUCCGAUUACUGCUUUAAGAAACGACCAAUUUGAAUCGUUGUACUCUGAAAAAUUUCCGCAGUUUAAUCCAAUUCAAACGCAGGUUUUCAAUACUGUUUACAACGGGGACGAUAAUGUUUUCAUUGGUGCUCCCACAGGUUCAGGAAAGACUACAAUUGCAGAAUUUGCAAUACUUCGAUUAUUUGACAAGAACCCUGAAGGUAGGUGUGUUUACUUGGUACCCAAGGACGCUUUGGCUGAAUUAAUAUUUGCUGAUUGGCACAACAAAUUUGGUCAGGUUUUGGGUAAAAAGGUCGUGUUAUUGACUGGUGAAACUGGUACUGAUUUAAAGCUGCUUGGUAAAGGACAGAUUGUUAUUACUACUGCUGAAAAGUGGGAUGUUUUGUCCAGAAGAUGGAAACAACGAAAGAAUGUGCAGAACGUGAACUUAUUCAUUGCUGAUGAACUGCAUUUGAUUGGGGGAGAAGAUGGUCCAGUUAUUGAAGUUGUUUGCUCAAGAAUGCGUUAUAUUUCCUCUCAGAUAGAAAAACCAAUCAGAAUUAUUGCGUUGAGUUCGUCAUUAACUGACUAUAGGGAUGUUGCUCAAUGGUUGGGAUGCAAUUCUAAUGGUACCUUCAAUUUCCACCCUACUGUCAGACCAAUACCCCUGGAAUUGCACAUACAAGGUUUUAACAUCACCCAUAAUGCUUCAAGAUUAAUAGCGAUGGCAAAGCCUGUGUAUAACGCUAUACAUAGAUACAGUGUCCAUAGACCGGUCAUUGUUUUUGUACCUACCAGAAAGCAAGCCAGAGUAACGGCCAUUGAUUUACUGACUUACGCAGCAGCCGAAGGACAACCCAACAAAUUCUUCCAUGCUGAAGAGGAGGAUAUCAAACCGUUCUUGGAUCGUAUGACCGACAAGACUUUGAAAGAGACAUUAUCGCAAGGUGUAGCUUACAUGCAUGAGGGACUCUCAGCAAGCGAUUUGCGUUUGGUGGAACAGCUGUUUGAUUCAGAUGCCGUGCAGAUCGCCGUUAUUACUCGAGAUCUUUGCUGGGCCGUGAAUAUUUUCGCCCACCUGGUUAUAAUUAUGGACACUCAGUUUUACAAUGGAAAGCUGCACGCGUAUGAAGAUUACCCCAUCACGGAUGUGCAACAGAUGGUUGGAAGGGCGAAUAGGCCGCUGGAGGACGACGACGCCAAAUGUGUGCUAAUGUGUCAAACAUCAAAGAAAGAUUUCUUUAAGAAAUUUUUGAAUGACCCCCUGCCAGUUGAGAGUCAUUUAGACCACCGACUCCAUGAUCACUUCAAUGCUGAGAUAGUGACGAAAACCAUUGAGAACAAACAAGACGCAGUAGAUUACUUGACAUGGACAUUUUUAUACAGACGACUUACUCAAAACCCAAAUUAUUACAACUUGCAAGGAGUUUCUCACAGGCAUUUGUCCGAUCAUUUGUCGGAACUGGUAGAAAACACAUUGUCGGACCUGGAACAAUCAAAAUGCAUAAGCAUAGAAGAAGAAAUCGACUGCGUGCCGCUCAAUUUGGGAAUGAUUGCCGCUUAUUAUUACAUUAAUUAUACAACCAUUGAACUAUUUAGUUUGUCGCUUAACAACAAGACCAAGAUUCGUGGCCUCCUCGAGAUAAUAUCAUCCGCAGCGGAAUAUGAAAACAUUCCUGUACGGCAUAGAGAAGACAAUAUUCUGCGUCAAUUAGCUCAAAAGCUACCCAACAAAUUAACUUCACCAUCAGGUGGACAACCCAAAUUCAAUGAUCCACAAGUAAAGACAAAUUUGUUGUUACAAGCACAUUUGUGCAGAUUGCAAUUGGGUGCGGAACUGCAAGGCGAUACCGAGAACGUACUUGGCAAAGCGAUCAGAUUGAUUCAGGCCUGUGUUGACGUGUUAAGUUCAAAUGGAUGGUUGUCACCAGCUGUGGCUGCCAUGGAAUUGGCUCAAAUGGUUACACAAGCUAUGUGGAGCAAAGAUUCCUAUUUGAAACAACUGCCGCAUUUCAACGCUGAUAUUAUUAAGAGGUGUACGGAAAAGGGUGUUGAAACUGUUUUCGAUAUAAUGGAACUUGAAGACGAUGCUAGAUUGAAGCUUUUACAACUGAGUGAUAGUCAAAUGGCAGAUGUAGCAAGAUUCUGUAAUAGGUACCCCAACAUUGAACUGAGCUAUGAAGUGCUUGAUAAGGACAAAAUCCACUCAGGAUCUUCAAUACAUGUUGCAGUACAAUUAGAACGAGAGGACGAAGCAGGUGGUCCAGUCAUAGCUCCAUUUUAUCCACAGAAACGAGAAGAAGGAUGGUGGGUUGUUAUUGGUGAUCCGAAAUCCAACUCCUUACUCUCUAUUAAGAGGUUAACUCUUCAGCAAAGAGCCAGAGUGAAGUUAGAUUUCGUGGCUCCCAGUCCGGGCCAUCAUAAUUAUACCUUAUACUUUAUGAGUGACGCCUACUUAGGUUGCGAUCAAGAAUAUAAAUUUUCUGUAGACGUAGGAGAUUUCGAGUCCAGUGCAAGUGAUUCAGAAUGAAUUAAUGAAAUCAAUAAAUUGUAAUUUAGUUUUAAGGAAUCAAUAAAAAGUCUUUUUAAUAUAA